ACGAACGUUUGAUUUCUUACCUCUCAAUGAACCCCGAAGUAGGCCAACGCGUCGUCCGCGGUCCAGACUGGAAAUGGGGCUCGCAAGACAGCGGCGAGGGCCACACAGGAACAGUGGUGGAAGUCGGAAGUGCACUCUCAUCGACACUCGUACAGACGGUCGUAGUUCAGUGGGACGGCGGCAGUCGCACAAACUAUCGAGUGGGACACGGCGGUGCUUACGAUUUGAGACUGUUGGACUGCGCCCCGACAGGUAUUAAACAUCAGCAUGUGACAUGUGACGUCUGUCGAGUUCAUCCAAUUCGUGGAAUUCGUUGGAAAUGUUGUCAGUGUUAUGAUUUCGAUCUCUGCACGAACUGCUACAUGUCAGGAAAGCAUGAUGUGGAGCACUUCUUUUGGAGAAUAGAAAAGGAGGAUGAAGCGCGUGUUAAGAUGACCAAACGUUCGUCUGCUACGAAGGUUACUGCUUUAGGGAUCUUUCCAGGUGCAACAGUGGUGCGAGGGAUUGACUGGGAAUGGACUGAACAAGAUGGUGGCAGCGGCAAUGUAGGUCAUGUAGUGGAUGUUCGGGGAUGGGGCUCAGAAUCUGAUAAAAGCGUGGCAUCUGUGAAAUGGCCUAAUGGCAGCACAAACGUGUAUCGUGUUGGUCAUAAGGGAAAGGUUGAUUUACGUUAUGUAAAUGAGUCUGCAGGAGGAACGUACUAUAAAGAGCAUCUUCCUGUGCUAGGAAAGCCAGUGCAAUCAUCCGAAGUCUUCUCAUCUGGUGAAGAAGAUGCAAAGGAACUUGUGCAGGGCGAUAAAGUGAAAGUUGGUUUGGACGCCGAACUGCUGAAAAUCAUGCAAGACGGUCACGGCGGAUGGAAUCCCAAGAUGGAGGAAGUAAUAGGAAAAGUUGGUACCGUGUUUAGAGUAACAGAGCGAGGAGACAUAAGAGUGAAGUACGAAGGACAAGACACCAUCUGGAUGUUUCAUCCCGGAGCAUUAACAAAGGUUCAAGCGCACUUUGAAGUUGGUGAUCAUGUUCGUGUCCUCAACGAUGCAGCAGAAGUGAAACGACUACAGCAAGGACACGGAGAGUGGGCCGACGAUAUGGCAUUAAGUCUUGGUAUGGUUGGUAAAGUGGAGAAGCUAUAUACUGAUGGUGAUCUACGUGUUGAUGUCAACGGGUCAACGUGGACUUUCAAUCCAGCUUGUGUUACUAAGACAGAGGAUGCUGUCUCUAAGGUGACUGCACCACAAAGAGUCAGCACAAACGAUCAACUGGUCGAGUUGCUUCGUCAAUUGGUAAUGGAUGGAGACAGUUCUAGUGUUGAUGCUGAUGAUCUCGUACGAGAAGCUGCACAAGGACACGUCAGUCAAGUUAAAGACAUCCUAAGGAAACACCCGGGAGAGGUCGAUCGUAAAGCUUCCGGGAAGACGGCUUUGCAAGUUGCUUGCCAUCAGGGAGAAACUGAAGUUGUUAAGUUGCUUCUCGAUGCUAACGCAUUCCUGGAAGGCACCGAUGAGGACGGAGACACAGCACUACAUUACUGCUGUUUUGGUGAUGAGGUGGGGUGUGCAACAAUGCUGCUUGAAAGAGGAGCGAAUGUUAGUCCAAUCAACAAGACGGGUAGCACUCCUUUGCACAUCGCCGUCAAUAAAAAUCACGUCAGCUGUGUUCGUCUUCUCAGUCGACAAAGCGGAUGCGAUCUGGAUGCUCAGGAUGCGUAUGGUGAUACGCCGUUGCACGAUGCCGUUUCUAAAGAGAAUAAUGCAGUAGUUGGGAUCUUGUUGGAGGCUGGUGCGAAGCCAUUGACAAAGAACAAUCGAGGAUUCAACUGUGUACAUCAUGCUGCUCUGAAAGGCAAUGCAGAUGGAAUCGAGAAGAUUGUCCAUCGUUAUCCAGCGUUGGUGAACGACAAGAAAGAGGAUGGCUUCACUCCGCUUCAUCUAGCAGCACUCAACGAUCAUCAAGACGUUGCACGAGUUUUACUACGAAGCAGUCAAUGUGACGUCGACCCAACUAACAAUCGAGGGCAAACUCCUCUUCUGUUAUCCGUAUCCCAGGGUCACACGAAACUUAUAGAACUACUUGUUGGUUACGGUGCUAAUGUGAAUGCGGAAGACGAGGAUGGGGAUACGUGCUUGCACUUGGCAUUGAUGAGACAAAGACUGUCUACGGAUGUUGGAUCUGACUUACCUCUACUGGAGCAGUUGCGUGGUGCUCUUGGUGGUAGCAGCUUGGAUAGCAAUACUGGAGCUGCUAUUGCGUGCUUUCUUGCUCAAGAAGGUGCCAGUCUAACAUACAAGAAUCACAAGGGAAAGACACCUUUGGAUUUGUGUACCGAUGAUCGAGUUGAGGCUUUAAUACGGCAAUAUGCAUUGCCGAAAGGGUCUUCAAGUUUCAGUGGCAGCUUAAGACGUCACCAGAGACCAGCAGGACUUGUUCUCCAUACAAGCGUUAGUGUUCCUUCUGGUGUUGGUGGCAAAACAGCAUCCUCUCCACGCACACCAUCAAGCCAAUCAUCUUCUAGCUCAACAUUGCAGACAGCACCUGCAGUUGUACCAGUUCCAGUGGCAGGAGGAGGAGGCGUGUGUCCAGUGUGUGAUGAAGAAGCAAAUAUAGAGUUUAGACCAUGCGGACACGUCGUCAUGUGCGAAAAUUGCUCUAAACAUGCAAAGAAAUGCCUUCAGUGUCGGGUUCAAAUCGAAUCAAAGGUGAAGGUAGUUAAGAGUAACAAAUGCACUCUGUGCGACGAAGAAGUAGCUGUAGUGAAGUUUUUGCCUUGUAGCCACAUGAUCUGCUGUAAAGAAUGUUCCAAACGAAUGAAGAGAUGUUUGAGCUGUCAAGUUCCGAUAGAAAAAAAGACGAUUAACGGUCAAGAGAUGGUUGUAACCAAUGAGCCUAGGGGCGAUGAUCGAGAUCGAGAUCGGGAUGAGACUUGCUGUAUCUGCAUGGAACGACCUCGUGAGGUUGCCUUUCUCUGUGGACAUCGAACGUGCCGGCAGUGCUCAGACAUGAUUCAUGAGUGUCCCAUGUGCCGUGAACGCAUCACGAAACGUAUUGUGUUGUAUGAUUAGUGCGCAUGCGCUUGCUCUGUUAUUAAAGUUAAUUAGGAAGUUUGCAUAUCAAUUCGACUGUCUGUUUGAGCUGCAUUUUGUGGCUAAAUCGGUUUUUUACUUUGCGCUCUCUUGUUAUAUACUCAAACAUUGAAACUCUCAUGUAAUGUUA